UUCUUCUUGUCAUAUUUCCUAAGUCCAUUGCUUACCAACUAAUUGGUACAGCUAAGCGUAAGGUACGCAACCUGUCUAUAAUACGUUGCUUACCAGUAUGGCCAGCGAGCCUGCCACUGGAGUGGACGGAGGCUAUGCCUGGGUAGUGGCCAUUGCCUGUUUCAUGAUAAAUUUUAUAAUGGCAGGCCUAGCUAGAGCAGCCGGGGUGCUGUACGUUGCCGUCAUCGAGCUGUAUGGUGUCAGCAGGGAAGCUGCAACGACACCUUUCAGCAUGAGGUUUUCUGUUAGGAAUAUGGCUGGUCCUCUGGUCGGCAUAUUGGGACAGCGCUUCGGUAUUCGUGCUACCGUAUUGAUGGGUGGCUUGUUGGCUGGCGUGGGUGGAAUUUUAUGCGUUUUGGCACCCAAUGUCUUCUGGAUUACCAUGUCUUGGGGAGGAGUUCAUGGUUUAGGAUAUGGCUUAUGCAAUAUAAUUCAUGUGCUACUUCUGAAUCAGUAUUUCGACAAGUACAAGGGAACAGCCAUGGGAUUUGCCUUUUCCGGAGACUGUUUUGGAACAUUUGCCUUUCCAGUAAUAUUAGAAAUUUUACUUGAAGAAUACGGUUUGAAUGGAACAUUUCUGAUCCUUGGAGGUAUCGCCUUAAAUGUAAUCCCUGCUGCUAUGUUAUUGAAAACUCCAUAUUGGCUUGAAGAAAAACGAAAGACUGCCACACUUGAUCCAGAAAGCAAGCAAGGAAAACUUUAUACUGUCGAGCCGAACAAAGCAUUGAAAACGCUUGACGGAAACGGUAAAGCUAUCAUUACCCAUCCAGAAAAUAAACCAGUAAAAUCUUAUUCUUGUGGAAUCUUAAACACAUGCUUUGUUUCUGAUACAAAGCCCAGUUUUGAAGUACAUCACAAAAGCAGUGCUUCUCAUUUUCCUAUAACCAAAGAAAAUGUAACUCUUGUUAGAACAAGAUGCGUCUCUAACGACAAUCAUGGCUUUGUUUGGAAUGAAAAUUUCAAGGACAGCGAGUUACCACAGCCAGAAAUGUCAUUACGGUCCAUAAGGGCUAUGGCAGAUCCAAAGAAACCGGAACUAGUCCUGAAUUUGGAAAAUUUCACCAAUCACUGCGAUGAAAAAUAUAAAAUCAGAUCAUAUUCUUGUAAACUUCCAAAUUUGAUGACUGAAGAACACUUAUUAGGCGAAAGGGCUCAUCAGAACAUAAUUAUUGCUGAAGCUCUAAAAUUGGAAAAUUCUUCCUCUGACAUUCUAGAAAAUAAAUGUGCAAUUACCCAGGACCUUGUAUCGAAUUCAGAACAGAAGUUGAACACAGUUGAUGAUGCAGAAGAUGCUGAGGUUCAACGAAAUGCAUUUCUUCGAUUCAUUUCCACGAAUACUCGCCCUCUGUUUAUACUCAUCGCUAUCACCAUGUCAUUUUUCGUAUUUUUAUUUAUUGCCAUCAUCACAAUCAUUAACGAUUAUGCAACAGACAUAGGCAUUGCUUCAGAUUUAGCCAAGUACAUUAUAAUAGGUUUCUCAGUGUCUGAUCUGAUAGGUCGGUUAGGAUUUGGUGUUGUGUUGGACAAGAAGUGGAUAAAAUUAGGACAUUUUGCUGGCUUGACUACUGUGAUCAUGGGAGCAUCAAUUCUGAUUAUACCAUUUUUUGCAAACUUUUACUAUUUAAUGAGCUGCAUGUUCGUGUGUGGAUUUGUGUUGGGUGGAAAUUGCAUCAUGUACCCUAUCCUGGUGACACACUAUGUAGACAAAAAAGACGAAUCCGUUGCUUUGGGAUGCCUGCAGUUUUACGGAGGAGUUCUUGUUCUACCACUACCUCCUAUGAUUGGUUUCUUCCGAGAUUCCAUAGGUUCAUACAAUGGCGUCUUCUGGACAGUGGGUGGAUUGUGUAUCGCCUCUGGUCUAGCCUGGGUGCUAGAACCUUGCCUAUGGAGGAAACAGCAAAGUACUGCAAAAAGUUCGGCUCUACAGCAGAAUUGUUAAAUGCGCUCCUCUGAACAACGAAUCUAUUUAUUUGUGCUUAGAUCUGAUAGACAUCUCAUUUGUAAAUACGUACA